GGGACAUCAAUGCCCGUCCGUCGCCCGGUGAUGACGCGGCGUGUUAGCAGCGGCAGAGGGCUGCCCUGAGCUGUCAUGGAUCCCGGCGGAUGCUGACGGGUCAUUUUCGGGAAGUUCGAACCUCAUCCUGGAAAGAUGUCAGUCUGCCUGACGGAGGAACAGAGGAGGAAGAUUGAGGAGAACCGGCAGAAGGCGUUGGCGAGGAGAGCCGAGAGACUCGCGGCGCAGAAGAGUGGAGUUAUCCAGACCGCUCCCGUCUCUUCCAACGUCCAGACGUCAAUCCCGCAACAGUUUGGAGGGAGCGUGCAGCAAAACAAGCAGAAAGGCUUUAAUGUCCCCCCAACUGCCAAAGAACUGUUACAAAAUAACAGCGUUACGUUGAACCCUUCAAAAACAGGAAGUUUUAAUUUGCACUCAGUAGGUGGCGCUAACAGGGGGGUACCUGCCCAGGUUUCCAUUGGCUCCGCCCAAAAUUUCUCGUCUCCUGCAAAGACAGAGGCACAGUCUUCUUGUCAAAAUGCUCCCGUAUCUUUACCGGUCGCACCUAGACUGGAUUUUCAGCCUCAGAACUUUGGCGCUACGGCAGCCCCAAACCAAAUCCACGAGCCAUCCAAACCAAACUCAUACAAGUCUGCGGACGCACCUCCCGGUGCCGGGAAAGACGUCUCGGAGCCUGUAAAGAGUACAAGUAACGUCUCUCAGUUUUAUAGCAAAAGCUCCAAAUAUGCUUCCGCCGCCGGGAACAAGACGGCUACAGAUGGCAGAGAGAAGGCGGGCGGCAGCGUCUUGGAUACGGCUCAGGCUAAGAAACCGGGGACGGCCGUGAAAGGAAGGUGCGUUAAACAUGCCGAAGAUCGUUUCCGGGUUGAAGUGGGUUACAACGCGGAGCUCAUUGCUUUGUUUAAAACGAUCCCCAGCAAAAGUUAUGAUCCCGCCACCAAGAUGUGGAACUUCAGCCUGGAAGAUUACACCGGCCUCAUGAGUGAGGUCCAACGACUCCAGAACGUGUCUUUAAAACCCUUAGAGGGGAUGGAAGAUGUGGAGAUCCCGCCACUUUCUAAGUCCUCCAGCGGGGGAACUGUCAUUACCGCCAUUCUCGCCAUGUGCAGCAACUGGCAGAGGCCGUCUGCCAUUGUAAAAGGCCAUUGCCUGCUUGUCUCCCGCUCUCGGUUUGAAGUGGAGAUUGGAUACCACGUGGAAGUCAUCGCCCUCUUCAAACAGAUGAACUCUCGGAAUUACGACACAAAGACCAGAAAAUGGAGCUUUCUGUUGGAAGAUUACCAAAAACUGAUGGAAGCCAUUAUCCGCAUCCAGCAGGUGGAAGUGGAGCCUCUCCCCAGGUGGGUAGUGCAGGCCUUCGCGGCUCAGUUCGAGAAGACCUCUUUAAGUCGCGCCGAGAUCCCAGAUGUGGACCUGUCUUCCGUGGAUUCAAAACUUGUCAGCAGCUUGAUGCCGUUCCAGAGGGAAGGUGUCAGCUUUGCCAUUUCCCGGGAAGGCCGCCUGCUGCUGGCCGAUGACAUGGGCUUGGGGAAGACGAUACAAGCCAUUUGCAUCGCGGCUUAUUACAGGAAUGAGUGGCCGCUACUGGUGGUGGCGCCAUCGUCCGUCAGAUUCACCUGGGCCGAGGCUUUCCACAGGUGGCUUCCAUGUGUCACACCAGAUAGCAUCAAUGUCAUUGUGACCGGGCGGGACAGCCAAUCAGUCAGCCUCAUCAAUAUUGUCAGCUAUGACCUUCUCGGGAAGAUGGACAAAUCUGCCAACUUCAAAGUCAUUAUUAUCGAUGAAUCCCAUUUCCUGAAGAACGGGAAGACAGCGCGGUGUAAGUCUGCAAUGCCUCUGCUCAAGAGUGCAAAGAGAGUGAUCCUCCUGUCCGGCACCCCCGCCAUGUCCAGACCUGCAGAACUCUACACACAGAUCGCAGCUGUCAGACCCAACUUCUUCUCGCGCUUCCAUGACUUUGGUCUCCGCUAUUGCUUAGCCAAGCAGAUGCCAUGGGGAUGGGAUUACUCCGGAUCCUGCAAUAUGGGAGAAUUAAAGCUUCUGCUGGAGGAGUCCUUAAUGGUCAGAAGGCUGAAGUCAGAUGUUCUGUCCCAGCUGCCGUCCAAACAGCGCAAAAUGGUCGUUAUUGCACCUGAAGGCAUCAAUGCCAAGACUAAGGCUGCACUCGCCGCAGCAGCGAAGGAGAUGGCACAAGGCUUCAAGAGUAAAGUACAAGAGAAAGAAGCUCUCCUCCUAUUCUACAACAGAACUGCAGAAGCCAAAAUCCGCUGUGUCAUAGAAUACAUCAUGGAUCUUCUAGAAAGCGGGAGAGAAAAGUUCUUGGUGUUCGCCCAUCAUAAGCUGAUCCUGGACAGUGUCUGUGAUGAGCUGGGGAAAAAGAGUGUGGGCUUUAUUCGCAUUGACGGUAACACCGCAUCGGCCGACCGCCAGUCACUCUGCCAGAAGUUUCAGUUGUCGGACAAGAUGAAUGUUGCUGUUUUAUCCAUUACGGCUGCCAACAUGGGCCUGACCCUGUCCUCGGCUGACUUGGUGGUGUUUGCUGAAUUGUUCUGGAACCCAGGGGUUCUUAUUCAAGCAGAAGAUCGAGUCCAUCGGAUAGGACAGACCAACUCGGUGAAUAUUCACUACCUGGUGGCCAAAGGAACAGCCGAUGACUAUUUGUGGCCGAUGAUUCAGGAGAAGAUCCGGAUUCUGGGCCAGGCCGGACUGUCUGAGGCCAACUUUUCCGAAACGACAGAAUCGUCCAACUAUAUUUAUAAGGACCCGAAGCAGCAGACCAUCUACGACCUGUUCCAGCGCUCUUUCUCGCAGGACGUAGGGACGGACGAUUUGGACGAGUCGCUCUUAUUGGAGGCGUGUGAGGAAGUGGAUUCGGAAGGCCAGUGUGAAAAUGCGCCCAAGAAAAGGAAGAUUGAAGGUGACUUCUGAUCCCGUCCGAGUUGAGCUGUAAUAUUCCUGUACAGUAUUGUUUGUAAGAAGAACGUUUUAUAUUGUAGAAUAUUUUUCUAAUAUGUCUGAAUUAAAGCUGAAGUUUCCUCCGCUUAUAUUUCA